AGAAAGAAAGAAAGAAAGAAAGAAAGAAAGAAAGAAAAACUAUUUUAAAUUUAAAUUACCACUUCAAAUUGGAACCUACUCUACUUGCUAUUGCAACAUGUUUUCCAGUUUCACUGACUAAUAACACUGGUGUGAGGUGUCACUACUAAAAUGACCCUGAUUGGUUUAUGCGUUAGCUAAGCCCGCCCCCUGUGUCAUUUCAUUGGCCGAGACUGUCUCGCUCUGACGUACUCUGAACAACAAAUACACGUGUUUGUGCAUCAAGAUACAGAAGGGAAACGACUAUAUCUAAGAAUAUCUACACACCUUUUGGACGGAACUGGACCUAACUCUACGCUGUGUACAAGACUGUGUCAAGGUUUGGGAGAUGAUUUUUGCCUUUAGCACUUUAUCAUAGCGGCAGUCUGGUGCAUUGGAAUGUAUAGGACAGAAAAAAGAGAGGAAAUACCAGAGAGCUGCUGCUUGUUGACAGAAGUAGCGACAUAAACGUAUUUGUCUUGCUUUUGAAAAAUAAAAUAAUAAUAAAACCCAAUCAAGUGACAACAAUGAAACCUCGUGAUAUUAUAAAGGAGAAGAGCAGCAUGUGGAUAUUUGGUUAUGGCUCCUUAGUGUGGAAACCUGAUUUUGCUUACAAAAAGAGCAAAGUCGGUUAUAUUAAAGGAUACAAAAGACGCUUCUGGCAUGGGGACGACUUUUAUCGAGGGGACAAGGAAAAGCCAGGCAGAGUGGUCACACUGGUGGAGGAUCAGGAGGCUUGCACAUGGGGAGUGGCCUAUGAAGUCACCGACUGCCAGAUUGAAGAAUCCCUUCAGUACCUGAACAUGAGAGAGGUUGUUUUGGGGGGUUACAUAACACAGAUGGUAGAGUUCAUCCCGAAGGAGAAAGGCCAGGGUUCGCUGUUGGCCCUUGUCUACAUCGCUACUUCUAAUAACCCCAUCUACCUCGGCCCGGCCUCGGACAAAGAGAUUGCCGCCCAGAUUGCCAUCUGCAGCGGCAACACGGGCCACAAUAUUGAGUACCUGAUCCGCCUGGCAGACUUCAUGAGGAUCUCCUGUCCUGAGGUGGAGGACGAGCACCUCUUUUCCAUCGAGGCGGCACUUUUAAACAUAUUCAGUGACUGUGGAGGGAUCAAACUUCUAGACCCAAAACCCAUACUGCUGGGAGCUACAUAAAAGACUCUACAUCACAGAAAUAUUAAUGUUUUUAUACUGGGUGAAAGGAAAAUGAAGUCCUGCGACGUAUGUUUAAGGGUAUUCAGUGCUUGAAACAGGCCUACCUAAUUUGACAUUUAGGGUGGCACACAAUGUUUAGGUCAUAACUUUACAGACUUAUCUCAUGUUACUCAGCACUCUACUUCUGAACUUCUCACUUUGACAUCUUUCCACUGUGAAGACAGGGAAUUUAAAUACGUAGGUUAUACAUGCUGUUCCGCAUAUACAUGUAGGCUACUGUAUAAAAACUCAAGAAGCAUUUGAUGCUUUUAGAAAUUCACACUAAGAGGUGACUUCUCUUUUUAAAUCCUAUGUUCUACACCUUUGUUGUAAAAGGGUCUCAAAAGUUAUUGUUUACUGUGUUUUUAAAGAUUGUUUUAAUAAAAAGGAAGGAAAUUUGCU